AACUCCAAUCAGCUGAAAAACGUCACAACAGACUGUCAAAAGCCACACUUGAUGUAAUCCGAAACAAACACAUAAAAUCCGUUCAUCACCCAGUGUAACCAAUUAAAAUAUUAAAGUGGAAAUAAUUAUAAUGGAAGAAACAACGCCGGACAGCGACAAUGUCCUUAACUGUGACAGCGAGGACGAGAGGAGUGCAAUCGCACACCAAAGAUGCUGUCACAAUUCGUCAAAGUCUUUGUUAACGGAAGAUCGGAUGCGUAGAAAACUCCAAUUCUUUUUCAUGAACCCCAUCGAAAAGUGGCAGGCGAAAAAGAGGUUUCCGUACAAAUUCGUAGUGCAGGUCAUCAAAAUUAUAUUAGUGACUAUGCAGUUGUGUCUGUUCGCAUACAGCCGAUACAACCAUGUGAACUACACCUGGGACAACAGGAUCACGUUCUCACAUUUGUUUUUGAUAGGUUGGGAUGCCACAAGAGAAAUCAAUGCCUAUCCACCUGGUGUGGGGCCUUUGGCUUUGUACAAAGAGGACGACUUUUACAGUGCUAUAGACUAUGCAUAUGAAGGGUAUGCAAACUUGAGCAAUGCUAUUGGACCUUAUUCCUAUGCAAAUGAAGAUAACACCAUGACAGAUUUGGAAUUAUGUUUGUACCAGUACAAGAAAGGCACAAUAUUUGGAUUCAACGAGUCUUAUGUGUUUGAUGGAGAGAUAGUUGAAAAAUGUAUUAAUAUAUCUCAUGAUGCAACUCAUGGCAUGCUACAAAGUAAAUCUUACAUGGAGGACAGAAGGUUGAACAUUAAGUUUUCUGCACUUGUGAGGGCUGAAUUGAAAUUCUCCUUAAAAACAGUGAAUUUUAAGGCUGCAGGCAGAAUAUCUCCUCCUAAUUGCUACAGGUUUGAUGUCACAAUAAGUUUUAACAAUGAAGAUCAUGAUGGACAAAUGAUUCUGUCUCUGGAUGCAGAACCCAUCAGACUAAUGUGCAAAGGUGAUGUGGAAUAUGUGACAGAUAAUGAAAUUGAUUCUUUGCUCAGGAGUUCCUUGAACUACUUGGUGAUACUUAUAUGUGUCUUGUCCUUUGUACUAUGCAGCAGGGCAGUAUGGAGAGCACAGCAGUUAAAGAACAUCACCAAUGUGUUCUUUAAAUCCCAUUUUGGACAACCAUUGACAUAUGAUGACAGAAUGAAGUUCUUAAAUUUGUGGUACAUCAUGAUAAUCAUAAAUGACAUUCUCAUAAUUAUAGGAUCUGCUAUCAAGGAACAGAUAGAGAGGAAGGAAUUUACAAGUGACCAGUGGAAUGUGUGCAGUUUGUUCUUGGGUACAGGGAACAUGUUAGUUUGGUUCGGGGUGUUGCGCUAUUUAGGUUUCUUCAAAACCUACAAUGUGGUCAUUCUGACACUACAGAAAGCUGCUCCUCAAGUAGCAAGGUUUUUGUUGUGUGCUUUGUUAAUAUAUGCAGGUUUUACUUUCUGUGGAUGGUUGAUAUUGGGACCAUAUCAUUUAAAGUUUAGAUCUCUUUCCACUACUUCAGAAUGUUUGUUUUCAUUGAUUAAUGGUGAUGAUAUGUUUGCCACAUUUUCUAUGAUGUCAAACAAAUCAAAUAUUUUGUGGUGGUUCAGCAGGAUUUACCUCUAUUCAUUUAUCAGUUUAUACAUUUAUAUUAUAUUGAGUUUGUUUAUUUCAGUUAUUAUGGAUGCCUAUGACACAAUUAAAUCUUAUUAUUCUGAUGGUUUUCCAAAGAGUAAUUUGCAAAUAUUCAUUGGAGAUACUAAUUUGGAUGAUGUGUCAAGUGGCAUUUUUAGAUCUAGUUCCAAUGAUAGUUUAGGUGGUCUCAUGAAAGAUUUGUGCUGUUGUAAAAGGCUACAAAAGUCUUAUUCAACGUUAUCUCAAACUAGCGUCAGGACUGAAAACUCUAGAAUGGGUCCAGUUUGAAAUUGUUUUUUAAAUUUUUAUUUAUAUAAAUUUGUAAAUACUUUUUUUAGAGAUUUUAUAUAUUACCAAAGUGUUAUUAUUUUAUGGUCUGCAUGAUGGCAAAAUCCUGGUUGAACAACAGUAAUUUGUAAAUUAUUGUAGUUACUGGAAGUAGGUCAGGAUUGGAAAAUCAAAGCAUUGACAUGAAAGUGCUAAUUAAAGUAUAUUUAAGUUAUGCGGGUAAAACGUGGAGACAAUUAAGAACAUAUCAAUGUAAUUUUUAAGUGUAUCUCAAAUGUUAUCUUUGUUUGUGUCUAUGUGAUAAGUAGGUGAUUUUAACUGUUUGUACCUUCUUAAUAUUGUAUAUUAAAUCUAACCAGUUUAAAGAUUGCGUCGAAAUUUGAGGAAAUGUGAAAGCUACGUGAAUGAACAAUUUGUAUUAAAAUUAUAUAUGUAAAAAUAUUUAUGUAUAUUUUAUAUAACUAUAUGUAAUAAGAAAAUAAAAUUAUUUUUGGUAA